GUUCACUUUCAAGAGUAUUUUCGAAAUGAGUGGAUCUAAGGAAAAAUGCAAUGAUCGCAAUGGUAACUCCAAUGGAAAUGCAUGCUGUCGGGGUCCAGGAUUUGAGACACCUUUGGACGCUAUGAAGGGUCCUAGAGAAAAAUUGAUAUACCUUCCAUGUAUAUCAACAGAUAGUGAAAAAGCAGACUAUUUGGCAACUGUGAACGUUGAUCCCGAAUCAAAAGAUUACUCUAAGGUUAUACAUAGGCUUAAGAUGAGCAAUUUGGGAGAUGAGCUUCAUCAUUCCGGAUGGAAUGCUUGCUCUAGCUGUUAUAACGACAGUUCCAAGUCUCGUUCAAAACUAAUUCUACCUGCACUCGGUUCAUCUAGAGUCUAUGUCAUAGAGACUGCUAAAAAUCCUACUGCACCAACUAUUCAUAAGGUCGUUGAUAACAAAGACAUAUUUGAAAAAUGUGACUUGGGUACACCCCAUACCUCUCAUUGCCUAGCAAAUGGACAAAUAAUGAUUAGUGCUAUGGGCGAUUCCAAAGGAAAAGCGAAAGGAGGUUUUCUACUCUUAGACGGAGAAGACUUUUCCGUAGUUGGUAAUUGGGAAAAAAAGGCUGCCCCAUUCGGCUAUGACUUUUGGUAUCAGCCCAGACAUAAUGUAAUGAUAAGCACCGAAUGGGGAGCUCCUAAUGCGUUCAAAAAAGGCUUUAAUCCGGCUCAGGUGGAAACUGAAUAUGGACACCAUCUAAAUGUUUGGAAUUGGUCUGAACACGAAUUAAUACAGAGAAUUGAUCUCGGUAUAUUAGGGGGCCUUAUUCCUUUAGAAUUGCGAUUUUUGCAUAACCCUGAGGCGACUGAGGGCUUUGUGGGUUGUGCUUUGACUUCAAACAUAUUUAGAUUCUUUAAGAACCAAGACGGUAAAUGGUCAGCUGAAGAAGUUGUCAAAGUGCAAAAUAUUAAAGUUGAAAACUGGGCUCUCCCAGAGAUGCCGGGAUUGAUUACUGACAUUAUAUUAUCGCUUGAUGAUAGAUAUCUCUAUUUGAGUAAUUGGCUUCAAGGAGAUAUUCGUCAAUAUGACAUUACCGACACACGAAACCCUAAAUUAGCUGGGCAAAUAUUCUUGGGAGGUUCCGCUUGCAGUGGAGGCAAAGUAAAGGUUUUAAGCGAGGAAUUUCAACCACCAGAGGAAUUAAUGGUAGGAGGAAAGCGUGUUCACGGUGGCCCGCAAAUGAUUCAAUUAAGCUUAGACGGAAAGAGACUUUAUGUAACAACUUCAUUAUUUAGUCCAUGGGAUAGUCAAUUUUAUCCUGACAUGAUGAAAAAUGGCUCUUACAUGUUACAAGUUGACGUAGACACUGAAAAAGGGGGUCUUAAAUUAAAUGAGAAAUUCUCUAUUGACUUCGGUAAAGAACCUGAUGGACCUGUUUUAGCUCAUGAAAUGCGUUACCCAGGGGGAGAUUGUACUUCAGAUAUUUGGCUAUAA